AUGGCUUCUACUGAUGUUACUUCCAAUACAAAGAUACUUACACUAGCCGAAAUUCGAAAAUUAGCUGAAGAUAAAGAUAGAUGUAUACUGACGAUCAAUAAUCGUGUAUAUGAUGUUACAAGAUUCCUUGAAGAGCAUCCAGGUGGUGAAGAAGUCUUAAAAGAACAGCAUGGUAAAGAUGCAACCAAUGCUUUUGAAGAUGUUGGUCAUAGUUCCGAUGCACGGGAACAAAUGAAACAAUUUGAAAUAGCUCAAGUUGAUCCUAGUGAUAUUAAGACACCGACUCGUCCUGUAAUUGCCAAACCAAACGGUAGUACAGGUGUUGCUCGUGAUGAUGCUGGAUUAUCGUGGACUAAAUGGGUUAUUCCUCUUGUGAUAGCCAUAGCAGCUGCAGUUCUGUUUAAGUUACUUACAAAACCUGAAGUGAAUGUUAAUCGACCACCAACAGCUAUUUAG